AGGACAAAAGGAAAACUUAAUGGUGUUCAAUUCAUAGUUCAAUGUAAAAAUUGGCAACAUAAAAUUGCUGAAUACUGUGAAUAUAAACUUGGUGUUAUAAUUGCACUAUCUACAGGUAGUUUCACCUUAAAAACAAUAGAAAAAGCUAGAAAGUCCAAAUAUAAUAUUAUCUUAACAGAUAUAGAACAUAUUUAUUUGGAUUUAGUUCAAUUUGUUAAUUCUCUACCUGAGUGUCAACAAAUCAAAAGCUUUGACAAUAAUAUUAGAUUACGACGUAAGGUAGAACAAGAUUUACUAGAAUGCCACAAUGAAAGAGGUCUAUUGGAGUUUAAUCGAGAUCGCCUUAUGAAUGAACUCGAAAUAGCUGAGGAUGAUAUCAUCGAUCAGAACCAAAUAAUAAAUAAUUUAAAUCAAGAAAUUUUACUGCUUCAGAAUAAUAUACAUAUAAAUAACAAUCGAACAGCCGUUGGGCAUGCUGAUAAAAUUCGAGCACAUGGUCUUUUUGAAACAUGCUUAAAAGGUGAUGCUAAGGAUUGGACAAACGGCAGCCCAAUUGGGGCACAAGCAUUAAAUCGUGCAAAUGGGCUAAAUGGUAAUAUUAUAAUUCCAGCUCAUAUAAUAUUUGAUGAAGAUUGGUCUUAUGUUGAUGGUCGACCAACAGAUCGUUUACCUAAUGCACCAAAUGCUAAUACAAAUAAUACUGUAGUUGUAGCUGGAAUUAUGCUUGGUCAAGUAUAUUGGUUAAAGACUAAUUAUCCUACAGUUACUGCAGAAAAACAACGAGUACUUUUUGGUACAACUAUUCAAGGAAGUGAUUCAGUUGGUCGUUUCUAUUCAAAAUUACGUAAACUUGCUAGACCUGCAGGUAUUGAUGAACAACAAAUUCGAUUACAAUUUCUUCGUGGCGAUAAUCAAUUGGAAGUUCGACAUAUUGGAAUUAACAGAUCUAUAAGUGAUUUGCUUACACAACUUGAAGAAAUCGAAAGUUAUGGUGCUUAUUUACAUUCAACUUCCAAUUCUAUAUUAACAAAACAUCCCCGUAAUAAAGAUAAUUUUUCAGAUAAUACAGGUAUGACUGAAACUGAAAUCAGACACUUAGUAAGAUCUAUGAUGCCUUCUUCACAACAAGAUAAAUCUUCUCAAAUUCACGAAAGAAAAUUAUUACGUCCUAAUCAAAUGGAACCUGGUAAAAUAUAUCAUCGUCCAGAAUUACGUCUUAAUGAUCAAAAGUAUAUGAGAAUGGAUGAUGCUUUAGAUCGUCUUAGUGCUUCUACUAAACCAAAUAAUAUAUCAUUUCUACAGGCUCUUAAGGAGGUUAUUAAAGAAGAAGUGUUUGAUAAAAUUUCACCUUAUUUAUCAAAAAAGAAAAAUGGAAAUGAAAAUGAAUCAAGGAAUGAAGCUGAUUCUGAUGAGGAGCUUUCUAAUUGCAUGAGUAAGUUAUCUAUAAAUAAAGCUAUAUCACAAGGAAUAGUGGCAGGGGUUAAUGUAGUUAAGAAAUCAUUUCAUCAUAGAUGUUCCAAUUGUAAUAAAACUGGGCACAAUUCCUGCAAUUGUCCUCGUAAGAAGAGAAAAUCUAAGAGUAAAUCCAAGAAAAAAGCUAAGGUUAAUAUGACUACUAUAGAAUCUAGUUCCGAUUCAAGUAAUCAGUCAAAGAUUCUGGGCUCCACCAAUACUAAGUAUUCUACUACUCGAAAGGAAAAAAAUGAUCCCGUUUCUAGCAAGAGAGAAAAAAAUCCAAGCAACAUUAUCGAUAAACGGAUCGUAGAAAUUAUGCUAGAAUUAUUAGAUGGGACUCUGUCUGUUGAUAAAAUAGAAAAAAUUAAACUAGAUAUGGGAUUAGUAUAUCAAAUGCAAAAUUAG